AUGUCGGAAAUUGCGGUUGAACUGGAUGAUCUGGAUGGCACCCUAGUGCAUCUACAGUGGUUGGAACCGGAUGAAUCGGCAAAGACUUUGGGUAUCCUGAUGUCCCCCUGCUCAAACAGGAAAGCACAACUGGCGGUGAUGCAGGGGAAAGCAAAAGCAUGGGCGGAUCAGAUCCAACCUAGCUUCCUCCACCGCUACAAUGCCCUCCCUCUCCUUUGCACCACAAUCCAGAAGACUUUGGAGUACCCCAUGGCGCUCACCUUCUUCUCUCAACAGGAGUGGGACCAGCUCCUAUCCCCAGUGCUCAGGGCGGCACUUCCAAAGUCUGGUAUCUGCCGCAACUUUCCUUGUGCUAUGGUCUAUGCCCCUAUUGCACUCCAAGGAGUGGGUGUCCCUCAUCCGUACGGUCUCCAAGUCAUCAAGCACUUGGAUAUGCUACUUCGCCAUCCUGCCAAUAAGACUAAGACGGGCACCUUCUUGGAGGCUGUCCUUCAGGCACAUCAGCUUGAAACCGGUACCUCAUACGGCCUCUUCCAACAAGUCUAUGCCAACACCUCCAUCCUGGCGUCUGACACGUGGGCAAAGCGGACCUGGAGUGAACUCGACUCUCUCUCCAUCCACCUGGAGUUUGAUUCCCCUUCUCUUCAGCCCCUGCGCCAAGGAGACCAACUGCUAGUCGACCUGUUUGUCGACUCUUUGGUGGACCAACUUACUUUGAAAUGGCUCAACUGGUGUCGGAUCUUCCUGCACGCAGUCACUCUUUCUGAUAUUGUGAAUGCUGAAGGAACGGCGAUUACUCUGCAAGCAUGGAAAGGGCUAAGAGCGGACAGCUGUUCAGAUCGGUACCAAUGGCCCCGUACGGCUCGUCCGUCUAACCAAUGGUGGACUGCUUGGCAGCAAUGGAUUUCUACUCACCUGACCGGCCACUCCAACCAACGCCGUCUCAGUUCUCCGUUAGGCCCAUGGCAUUCUGUUGACUUAUCCUGGAAGUGGCAAUACUCCCCCUCUACCAAUACCCUGUUCCACCGUGAGGGUCAACUAUGGAUCCCUUCCGUUCCUCUUGCCUCCACCAGCCGUCAGCGCACCUUCCACUUGCCUCGUCGCUUCAACCCUGAUCUCCCACCUCUACCAGUGGACGCUGUCCGCGCCUCGGUCUCUGUCUUCCCUAGCCGUUCUCCAAUCCACAAGAGCCGGGUCCUCCUCCACUCUACGGGCCCUCACCAACCAGCCGAACCACCUGCCCCCCCAUCUUCCAUCCUUGACCUCUGGCAUCACUUUGGCAGCCUGGCUGAAUCAGGUUCUCAUGGCUGGGUUCCAGAGGUCAUUACCAUUGAAGGUAGUGAGGACCGCCUGGUUCAGGCCCUUCGCGCUGGUACCCCUUGUGCUGUGAGCGACAGCUCUUACAAAGCUAAAGUGGGCACAGCCUGCGCCCACAUUCUCACUGAGGACCGCAGGGAUAUCAUCUGGAUCACCUGCCAAACCCCUGGGAAAUUUGACGACCAGAGUUCCACGCGCAGCAAAUUGAUUGGCCUUAUGGCCUCUCUCCUGGUUUUGGACUGGCUGUCUCAGGUCGCCCACCUGAAACUCUUUGCCAGCCAACCAUUGUUUGAGAUGGCCUGCAACGGGCUCAUAGCUCUUGAUGAGUCCUUCUCUGAAGUCCACCUGUCAUCGUCUGGUGCCCAAUUUGAUCUGGCCUCAACCAUCCGGGCCUUGCUUCGCCACCUUCCCCUCCAAGUUCAUCGGCGCCAUGUUAAAGGCCACUGGACAAGCACCGACCUUUCUCCCAACUGGACUGGUGGGAGCAGCGCAAUGUGGAAGUGGGCUCCAAAGCACAAUCCUACCGCCGCCUGCUGGAGUCUACGGGCCGCUCGGCUGUCUCCAACCCCCGCUUCUUCCACAAACCUGUGUCUUUAUUCAUCGACGGUGUUAAGUCUUCCAAACUGGAUCAGGCUCACAUCAUGGAGCUGGUCUCUCUUUCUGCCCUUCAAGCAUAUUGGUCCUCCAAGGACCGCCUCUCCAAGCAGUCCAUCCGCGUGGGCAAAUUCUUGGCCAUUUGGAACCGUUCGGCGAAGAGCUCCUGCCCCAGAUGCUCCUCCUGCCCCAUGGAAGAUCAUCUCCAUGCCCCACGCUGUCCUGCUCCUACUGCAGCGGCAGAAUGGUCAAAACGCCAUUUGGCCCUCCGGACCUGGAUGCAGACCCAGCAGACUGCCCCAGCAGACUGCCCCAGAGAUUGAAGCCUUCCUCUUCAAAUACAUGAAGACAGUCCGUCAGCCUUCCUUUGGCGUUCCCACCGUCCGAGCCUGGUCCCGCCAUCCCCACCUCUUCCAAAGUGCCAUCUCUUCCCAUGCCACGCUUGGGGCCCAGGGCCUCAUUGAAGGCCUAGUGUCCCCUAAAUGGAGACACCUGCAGGCCCUUCACUUCUCCUACAUUGGCUCCAAGAAGUCCGCCAACCUUUGGGCCUCCCGCCUGAUCCAACAACUGAUCCGGAUUGGGCACUACAUGUGGAAAAACCGCAACCGGCUUGCCCACUCUGAAGACAGCUCCUAG